AAAGGCGCACAGAUCUAUACACCGGCCAGGGAUGAAGGGCAGAAAAGUAGCAGAGGGAGGGAGAAGUGGUCGAGGGACUGUUGUUGGAGAGGAACCCCCAGCAGAACCUGACGGCCCCCCUCAUCCCCUCUCAGCCUUGUUUCGUCUCUAUGUUUACGCUCUGCACGGCUGCCUCUGCGAGGUGGCCUUCACCGCCAUGUACGACUGGUGCAGCACCCGGGACCAGAGGCUGCCGGGCCACAGCAGCAUCUGGGCGCUGCCCAUGUACGGCUCCGCCAUCUUCUGCAUGGAGGCCCUGAGGGCCCGGCUGCUGGCCCAGAGCCGCUCGCUCCCUGCGAGACUGGCAGUUUACACUUUAUUCAUUUACAUGUGGGAGUUCAGCUGGGGCGUGGGGCUGAGUCUGCUGGGGGCCUGUCCGUGGGAUUACUCAGCACAUCGUUACAAUCUGGGAGGACUGGUGACUCUGGAUUAUGCCCCUGCCUGGGCUGUAGCUGGACUUAUAGCGGAGCAGCAUGUAAUCAAGAAUACGUUAAGGAUAAGAUUGAAAAACAACUGAUUUCAUCAGUUAAAUUAUGUCCUUCCAAAAUCACCCACAUGACAUUUAAUGUCAUUUUUAGCUGGAACAACACAAUGUUAGUGUAUUUUUAACACUGUCAUAAUUAAAAAUGUGAAGAUUUUUUAAAAUUUACAAUCAAGUGCUAGGUAAGAAUAAUAUUGAAAAAAUGAUUACUUUCAUGAUUAUCUUAAACAAUAUCCUUCCAAAAUCUCCCUAACAUUUCAUGUCAUUUUUUUGCAGAAACAACACAAUGCUAUUGUAUUUUUAACGUUUAAUUAUUAAAAAGGUUGAGAUUGUUAAUGUCCAAUUAACAGUGCACUAAAGAUAACAUUGAAAAAUGACUUAUUUCAUGAUUUUCUUAAGUUAUGUCGUUCCAAAAUCAACCACAUGACAUUUAAUGUCAUUUUCAGCUGGAAUAACACAGUAUUACUGUGUUUUUAAUGGUUUCAGAAUUAAAAAUUGUAAGACUUUUAAUCUCUAAUUAAUAAUACGCUAAGGAUAAGAUUGAAAAACAACUGAUUUCCUAAUAAUCUUAAACUAUGUCCUUCUAAAAUCACCCAACUUUUAAUAGACUUCAAGCAAUCUCAGUUUCUGGUUGUGAACUGAAGUAUAGAGUAAAUUAUGCAUUUAACCUAAAAUUAAAUGUAUCCUGCUAUGUUGUCUUCCAUGUUGCUGUUUUAUUUUGUUUUUAUUUAAUUUAUAAACUGAA